AUGAGAAAGUCACGAGAUGUUCUAAAUAUGAUCUUGAAAAACCAAGGCGGUCAUUAUCACCGUUAUCGACAUCGGUCCCAAAGCGUUUCACCUGGGAGAAUUAAAAAAAGAAAUAAUGCCAGAAGACUUCAUUUUUUAAAGGAAUUGGAAAAUACAGCUAGGUGCAUUUGGAAUGUCUCAGAAAAGCGGCAUAAGCAUGCAGAUCCUGGCUUAAAAGGCGGUGGAAGAAAAGGUGCUAAACCAACAUUGGAUUUAGAAAGACUAGCCAGCAUUAUAAUAAGAGUGUCAAUCUCCAAGGAAUCAUCAAAAAAAGAAUUCUGGAAGGCCGUUGCACAAAAUUAUUAUAAGACGCUUACAGUGGACAAAAUAAAAGUGGAACAAUUGCGUCUAGUAUGGCGACGAAACAGUGGGGACAUCAGAGGCCGAGUUAAGUAUGUACAUCAACGAGAGGAAUUAAACAAUGGCCAUUCUACUGAAAACGAUCUAGUCUCGUGUAUGGAUGACGAUCAAGGCGAACCUAUUGAUACUUCAAAACUUAUCCAAAGUCAUCUGGACUCUCGAAAUAGUAGUAAUGAAGGUUCAAUGUCCCACGAUAGAGUAUUGAUGAUUUUUUUGGACGUGUUGUCGGGCGAGCUGUUGUUACCGUUUACAACGAAUUCUGCCGUGGUGAUCAACACCAAAACCCGUCUUCGGCUACAAAAGAGCCAGCGAUGACGUCGCCGAAUUUGACAAACAUUGAAGUGGGAGGUUCACAAUGUAGUAAAAUACCAACUAGUCCUAUUCCACAUCCCAGUUUUCAAUCUCCAAGACAGCAUGUAUAGAAGUGAAGGAAACUUCUCCAAAUCAUGUUUUCCGUAUUGACACUAUAGAACCUGGCACUUCCCUAACUUGUUACGAGCGUUUAGACGAGGAUCAGCCUGAUAAUUCUUUUCUGAAUAUGCCCGGUGUGUCAACCAUGACAGCGAACACAUUGUCUGGUAGCAACGUGCCAUCAUCUGGUGUGUUUUGAGCAACACUCACGAGACCUGUAACCUUUGUAUCGCUUCCUAUCGAAUGGCGAGAUAUACCAAUUAAAGUCAUUCCUGGUAAAAGUAAAUAUACAGAUCACAGAUCAUUGGGUGGAGAGUAUGUAGCAUUUUUUUCCAAAAUGCUGAAACUGUUCAAUAGUAUUGCUGUUGGAUAUUUAAGAAAAAUUACAUCAAGCAAGAAAAUUCACGUAAAAAAUCGUCACCAUACUGGCGUGGUCAUGCUAUUUGCAAAUACCAAGAUGUUGAAGUGCAUUUAAGAAUUGCUGACAAAGAAGAAGGAGUGUUAGAGAUAAACUUUUCAGGAGAUGUGGAGCAUGAUGUUACGCAGCCUAAGGCGAAAAGAAUAACUGGAAAGCCACGACAAAAACUCAUAUCUGAAGUAUGGAAAACAAACAACAAUCCUUCGAAAUUGCAUCGUGAGAGCUUAUUAAAUAUCGAUUCUAUGCCUUUUCUGCCGGUAUAA